AUGUCAAGCCCGAUCCCUGAGUCCACUCCUAUGGAUCAGGAUUUUCAAAGCCCUAUUGUUGAAGAAGAAGUCUUACCUUCGGAAGGAGCUCAAGGUUCAAGAAGCUCUUUUGAAACACCUGAGCUGGACAUCUCCAAAGGCAAAAGCAAGUUUCCUAACUUUGAAUUGGUUGAUGUGGUUCUGCUUCAAAACAGAGCCUUUGAUCUAGAACAAAGCUCUGCAGAAAAAGAUUUGAUAAUUGGAAAGCAGGACAUUCGUAUUAGCGAGCUUGAAAGAGAGAACUCCGACAAAGCUUCAAAGAUCUAA